AUGACUAGUUACGAAAAUGGUUUGGAAGCUGAACAAGAAGAUACAAAAUCCUUAUCUUCUGAACAUGAAGUAGACCCUGCUGGGGGAACACGUUUGGAAGAGACAAAUGAUGAAGAUGUACCAGAAGACAAUGUUGAAUGUGGCAUUACUGAAGAAUGGACCGAACCUGAUAUUGCGCAAUGGAGGAGCUUGCUUCAAUUUUUGGAUAUUGACAAAGAACCAGAACAUAUUCAGUUUUCGGACUUCGAAGGGAAGGAGUUUGUUGAUUACCAAUUAUUUGGUAAUUGUUUGGCUUUUGAUUCUACUUACAAAAUCAAUAGGUACGGAAAGCCAUUAGUAAUACUACUUGGGUCUAAUAAUCAUGACAAAACGUGUGUGUUUGGAGCUGCACUUCUUGAUAAUGAGACUUCAACCACAUAUGAUUGGGUAUUGGAAAGAUUUUUAGAGUGCAUGGGUGGUAAGAUGCCGUCAGUAGUUUUGACGGACGGUUGCAAAGUAAUGAACAAAGCACUGGAUAAUAUUAUGCCUGGCGUUCCACAUCGUAUUUGCUCGUGGCACAUACUAAAAAAUGCAAUGCACCAUGUACACAAUAUAGCAUUCCAUCAAGAAUUGAAGAAAUUUAUUUUCAGGUAUUACAAGGAGGAAGAAUGGGAGGAUAAUUGGAAAGUGACUGUGAAUAAAUAUAGAUUGACAGGAAAUGCAUGGGUGGAAGCACAAUAUGGCACAAGAAAGCAGUGGGCAGAUACUUUUCUGCGUGGUAUUUAUUUUGGUGGAGCUACUGCUACCGGUAGAUGCAAAUCUAUGAAUGCAUUCUUGAAAAGAGAUUUGCAAAAUAAAAUACCAUUGUGGAUGUUUAUACGACACUUUGACCAUGCUUUAUCUAUGUUACGUUACAACGAGAUGAAAGAACACUACAAAACUAAUUUGAAUGAACCCGUUUUGAACCAGACAACUAUGUCGUGUGUGGAGGAUGAAAUUUCUUCAAUUUUCACGAGGGAAAUUUUUACAAGGAUAAGAAAGGAGAUACGGCGUGGCGAUAAUUAUAUUGUCCUAAAGGAGGAUAAGAUACCAGGUUACACUCUUUGUUUGGUGAAAAAAUAUAUUGGUUCUGGAUUAAAGCGCAAAGUGUUAAUCUCCAACGAUGGGGAUGAUGUACGAUGGGGAUGA